GAGAGGUUGCAUGGCUGCAGGACAGACAAUGAUUUCAUGUUAUUAAUUAUUACCAGGGGGAAAACUGAGAACCAGACAGAGGUCACUAUGACAACAGCUCCCCCGACAAUAUGACAGUAUAAAAACACUGUGUUCUAUAAUACUUUAUAACUUCACAGCACAGAGAAGACACAACCCACGGUAAGAUCUUCAUGGCCAGUUGUCAGGACUCCAGAGCACUCCCCGGACAUAGGGGAACUCUCCAUAAAACUGUCUCUGACACCAGCCCAUUUCGUCUCAGUGCUUGUGGGACACUGCAUGAAACUCUUGAGGAGGAGGAUAAUGAAGAGGAGGAUGUGUCCAGGACAGCACUGGAUUAUAUUCAGCAGCUGCACAGUGUUCUGGGUCAAGAAACAGCUGAAUAUUUCCUGAAUCCUCCACCGAUGGAUUUUCAAGUCAGCCCUUUCUUACAGAAAAUUCUGGAUGGGAUGGAAGACACCCUGGGGGCGGAAGAAUUGUGGAGAAUCCUGCAAGAGAAAUCCAAGCAGAAACUUCAAAAAGUUUACGGUGAGCUGAUCGGAGAAGACACGCUGAAUAUCAGCAGAGACUUGGCUCAGCGGCCGGUGAUGCAGAAGGUGUCCAGGAAACGCAAUAAUCUCAUCUACAUCAAACAAAUUCUGGAGACCCAGCAACGUCUAACCAACGUUCUGCUGUCCGAGAAUCCUUUGCCUGACGUGGAUGACAGCCAGGGGUUAGAGGGUCCCACGAGAUAUCUCCCGCAGACUAGAUCUGACCCAGUAAUAUAUUCUCAAAUAGCUAAAAUAGAUGCAAAGACUUCUGUUCAUUCAUAGUACAUUAGAAGAGCUUCAGGGUCAUUUCCUGGCUGAAGUAAAUUUAGAGACCUACAAACAGACAAGGGCUGUGUGUUUAAAUAAGUUAUAGAGAUUUUUUUUA